AUGACCAUCUCCGAGACAAUCAAGCAUGCCGUCGGCCUCGAGGCUGGUCCUUCGACCCCUGCUUCCCGCGAGGAAAUGUCCGACGCAAGACUUCCCAUCCAAUACAGAGACACCUGCGCCCACCUCUUGAUCCCGCUGAACCGCUGCCGACACAACGAGUACUACCUCCCUUGGAAGUGCGAGAACGAGAGACACUCUUACGAAAAGUGCCAGUACGAAGAAUUCAAGAAGCGCGUCGCAAAGAUGGACGAGCUGAGAGCUGCAAAGGGCGGCGAGAGAAGCAACUGA